GUUUAUAUAACGAACGGUUAAGCAUAUAAGGGUCCGUUUUAAUGUUACUAACAGUAAUUUUUUUAAAAAUCAUUCGACAGGCUAUCGUGUUCACACUAUUUGUUGCUUUGCCUCAUCAUCGUCCCCAGAGUCUUUUAGCCCUUAUCAACCUUAUUAUACGAAUUAUACGAAAAUUUUUUAGGAAUGCCUUUGUCAGACGUAUGGUAUUUCUUUGAAUUAUCUUGCUUUUCAUGACAUUCCCUCUUUCCCGCCCCUAAUAUUUGUCCCUUACAAUCUCUUUUCUUUGUUUGACGUUUGGUUGUGCCCAUUCGAUUUAAAAAUCCAUGGGGACGAGGGUGCCUAUUAGACCCAAAGCUUAUUUAUUUUCGAGGUUUUGCGUUAAAAUAACUCUCCAAUCUCGUUCCCAGGGUAUUUUGUCUUUUGUUGAGUUUGAUUGUUGACCGAUCCCCGGCCGUAAUAACGGCUCGGGGACUAAAGAGAACCUGGCGAUGAGGAUGUUGUUCCGUACGAUGUCAUUCAUUGUACGAAGUUGGGCUUUUUUGCCGUAGCGCUGAGAGUGACCAUCCUCGUACAAAACUGACCAUCUUCGUACAGCGGCGAAUAUCGUCAAAAAAUGAAACUUUUAUAAUAAAAUAAUAACUUUUUUGAAAUAUCUUUUUUUCUUUUAAGUCAUUUGCAAAAAAAGACAUUUGUUUUACGAUUUGGAUGCCUCUUUGGAAAAAUGCUAAUAUGUAUAUAUAUAUUUAUACUUUGUUUUAUAUUAACAGGGAAUAAACAAUGAUGUUUUUGAAAAAUGGUACUAGUGCUCCACAAUGGAGACUGAAAAGAGAUACAUGGAAGAAAAAUUUCAGGAAUGGUUGGAAGUUGAAAGGACUAAACGGAAUUCCGUAAUAAUGCCCGAACAGACUUAUAAAACAAUGGUAGAUUUUCUAUGUGGAAGAAUAGACAACGUUCCACGUGCUAUGAAAAGAAAAUUGCGAAGAAAAAAAUUCCAAGUGAUGAGUUAUCCUACACUUGGUAUAUCGGAUGUUUUGUGCUCUCCAUUUCCCGAUGGCGAUUCUCCUCUGGGAAAAUAUCGUCGCGUAGCAACAGACCGACAGAUGUUUCACAUUAUCAAUAGAGUACACCGCCAAGAAGUUGGUCACCAAGGGGUUCAUAAAACGUUUGAAAAGAUAGCACGCACCUAUGAUAACGUUACUAGAGACGCUGUUGGUGCUUAUAUAAAGCUUUGCACAACUUGCUGUCUGAAAUCCAGUCAAAUAAAGAAAGCUCCAUUGAAGCCGAUUAUCACUACAGGAUUCUUACAGCGUGUACAGAUCGAUCUGAUUGCUAUGUUAUCCAAACCAGAUGCCGAUUACAACUACAUUGGCCAUGUCGUGGACCAUUUUAGCAAAUUCAGGAUAUUAUUUCCAAUGAAAGGGAAAUCAGCAAAUGAAUUUGCUUCAAACUUUUUUAGAAGUUUUUUAGCGACUUUUGGGUUACCAAAAAUUUUGCACUCUGAUAACGGUGCCGAAUUUAUCAAUCACGUAAUGGAUGCUGUAGCCGUGAUAUGGCCGGGUGAGGUGUCAUUUGUUCAUGGGAAACCGCGCCACUCGCAAUCUCAAGGUCUGGUUGAACAAGGAAAUAACACCAUCCAAGUGAUGAUUAGUGCAAGAGAAAAAGAGUCCCAAACUUCAACGUGGUCAGAGUGGCUUCCAGAGAUUCAAUUUAUCAUGAAUGCUUCAAUGGUGAGGAGUGUGAAAAAAACACCUUACGAAAUUGUUUUUGGCCAGAAGCCAAAUGGUUUGGGUCAAAUUUCUUCAAGUGUACGGUCAGUGGAAGAGGAUAUUGUUCAAGAUAUCAUAGAAGAAAUGGAAGAAAAUGGUGCACAAGAUUUUGAAAAUGCUGAAACUGUGGAUUUUUUAAAGCACCCAAGUACAAGAAAAUUAUCGGAUUGUUCGGAAGAUGAGUUUGAAACAACAUGUCCGAAAAGACAAAAACUCAGACAAAAUGUUGUGGAGGAGGGUGUAAGAAACGCAGAAAUGAUGCGUAGAAAGUACAGCAAUGGAAAAAGAAUUAAAGUUGCUGAUUUCCUGGAAGGGGAUAAUGUUUCUUUGACAAUUCCAAAAGGUCUUAGAACAUCUUCGGAUUUAAAAAGAUUGCCAUGUGUGAUUGUACACAAAUCAGGUGGUAACCAACCAACAUAUAAACUCCUCUGUAGUGAAGGCACAAUUCAACGGCGUUACACGGCAUCCGCGUUGCAGCUGUACCCUCAACCAGUAAGAUGUAAGUAUCCUUCGGUUGAUGAAAUAUCUUUGUCAGAAGCUGUUCGGAAAAUCAACAAAUUUCCAACAGUAUUUUGCAGAUGUCGAAAAGGACAAUGUAAGAACAAGCAGUGCAAAUGUUUUUUGGCAUCACUGGAUUGCACUUCACGUUGUCAUCAAGGUGACUAUUCAACAUGUGUGAAUCGCGGCAUGCACAACGACAACAUAUCUGAGGAAAACCAGAUACUACACUCAGACGGAAGCAAGUUACGUCAACUUCUACCUAACUUUGGUGGUUCAAUUAAAUACGAGAACGAAACGAUCACAUUCCAUAACACUUGCGCUUUAGAUACGUGGAUGGCAGUGUUAAAAGCAGUUAUAGUAACGAGACCAAGUAUAACAGAUGAAGUUACCGACAAAAACAUACAACAGCUUUUUACGUUUGUGAAAACGGUGCUUAUGAAGCUGCUAAACUUCAUACUGCUAUUUAUCGAAGAAUAA